AUCAUUAGUGUUGUUGUUAAGGGCGUAGCUCGUUUGGCAUCUGGUCUUAUAAUAGUGCUUUUAAUCUGCUUCCUUCAACAUUGCUUCUCCUUCAACGGAAAAACAAGGAAAUUGCAAAAAUUAGUGAUCUUCUUCCUUUUCAAGGGUGUUCCUGUGAGUGCUGGGUGGCUAAAACUACGCGUUGCAGAACGACACAGAAACUUAAAGAACAUGGUCGAAGGUUUACUGAAGUUGCCAGAAGAAAAUGAAUUACCUUUACAAAGAAAAGAUUUCAAUGUUAUGCCUUGCAUAUUCUCUUGGUAUCAAUGCACUUAUGGAGAAGAAUAUGCAGCUCCCUCUGACGUAAGUAGAUCACAACAUUGAAAAUAAACUUCAUGAGUGCUCGAGUAUUGAUGUUCGUGGAGGCGUUGUUUUAGAACUCUAGAGUUACCUUCUAGUUUCUUAAGUUCUCAAUCAUUUUCCCAGGAGCCGAUUUCAUAGCCAACGAACCUUGUGAACUAAAAGAAGUUAUGUGGUGAGUAAUUACAUUGACACUGGCCAAUUACAUUGACAAUGUUGUCUUUCCCUUGACAGCGUGAUAUCCCAACACAUUGCAUGUAUGCAUCCACUCAUGUACACAUG